AUGUGGACUGAGUGGUCUGUUGGCUACUUUGGCAAGGCAGCCAAGGACUUCACCAAUGAUGAAAGGAACAAGGAUGGUCCUACAAAGCAGAUGUAUAUGAGGCGACUCAAGGUAUGGAAGGUACAAGCUUAUCUAGUUGGGAAUGGCCAUACUAUUGAAGCAGCCAAUGAAAAGAUCAAGCAAUACUAUCACACUGACAAGCCAACAGUUCUCUCUGGCGCCAUCAAGUGGGAUCAACGCAAUCCAGAAUUGAGGUUCAUUCCCUCUGGGAUUCGCGUGCGCAAUGGCAUCCAUUUGAAUGGGAAUGGACCGCUUGGCAAUGACCUUGGUGGCAUACUCGCUUGA